AUGACCCGCGUAUCUCGCUGUCAGGAGAGCCCAAUGAGCCACCAGAUACACCAUCCAAGCCUGGGAGACCAACACUUGCAGAACCCAGACAACAGCAGAAUACAGGUUAGUUAUUCCGUGUUAAAUGGAUCAAAUCCAAAUCUUACAGAACAUUGUUGGUUGUGCUAUGGGAUAAGGCCACCUUUUUAUGAAGCCGUGGGAAUAGCAACACCAGUCCGGUACAUGGACGAUAUCAACCUGGCGCAAUGCAAAUGGAAGACAGAGAGGCAAGGAAUAACGUUAACGCAUGUGAGAGGGAGAGGGGUAUGUGUAGGUAAGGUUUCUGAGGAGAAGAGAAAACUGUGUAUAAAUGAUGGAAGGGGUUCUGAUAAGCUCAGAAGACCUGCAAAAUGGUUAUUACCAGCUGAAAACACUAAGUGGGUCUGUUCCAUUGUGGGAGUUACACCUUGGUUAGCCUUAGAUUAUUUUGAUGAAACUUUAGAAUUUUGUGUACAAGUAGCAGUAGUCCCCAAAAUUUUUUAUCACUCUGAAGAGUCUGUCUAUGAUGUGCAGGUCGUUUCGGACCACCACCUGUCUAAAAGAGAACCCUUUACCGCACUAACAAUAGCAAUGUUAAUGGCUUUAGGGGGAACAGGAGUAGCUACUGGAGUAACCUCACUAGUACAGCAAAGUAAAGAAUUUCAUGCUCUUAGAGCGGCAGUAGAUGAAGAUUUGGCUAGAAUUCAACAAUCGAUAAGUGCCCUUGAAAAGUCCUUGAGAUCGAUGUCGGAGGUAGUUUUACAGAACCGCAGAGGACUGUAUCUCAUGUAUUUAUAACGAGGCGGGGUGUGUGCUGCAUUAGGAGAGGAGUGCUGUGUGUAUGCAGAUCACACUGGAGUUGCCAGAGAUUCCAUGUCCGAACUCAGAGAUGGUUUAGAAAAGAGGAAGAAAGAUAGGGAAGCCCAACAAGGGUGGUUUGACUCAUGGUUUAAUCAUUCUCCGUGGUUAACCACCCUGGUAUCUACCCUUGCAGGACCAAUUGUAACAAUCAUUCUAGCACUGAUUUUCGGACCUUGCAUAUUGAACAGGCUCGUGUCUUUUGUCAAGAGCCGUUUGGAAAAGGUCAACAUUAUGUUAGUAGAAGCCCAACAGUUGUUGUAG